AUGCAAGCGCUGCUCGCAGCGCUCAUCUGCGCCGCGGCGCAGGCCCUGCGCGGGCCCGCCGCGCCCGUACGCGCGCCCCACGUCCUGCGCGCGACCCGGUCCGCCCUCGGCGUGGCCGUCAGCGGCUCCGGCUCGGCCAGGCCGACGGCGCGGCUGAGCAACGACGACCUGGCGACGUUCAUGGACACGACGGACGAGUGGAUCUCGCAGCGCACGGGCAUCCGGGCGCGGCGCGUCCUGUCGCCGGACGAGUCCCUCGCGCAGCUGAGCGCGGACGCGGGGACGAAAGCGCUCGAGUCCGCGGGCGUCGACCCGGAGGACGUCGGCCUCGUGAUCCUCGCGACGUCCAGCCCCGACGACCUCUUCGGCGACGCGACGGCCGUCGCCAAGGCCUGCGGCUGCGCGAACGCCGUCGCCUUCGACCUCACGGCGGCCUGCAGCGGCUUCCUCUUCUCGCUCGUGACCGCGGCGCAAUUCGUCGAGAGCGGCGCGUACGACAAGGUGCUCGUCGUCGGCUCCGACGCGUUGAGCCGCUGGGUCGACUGGGAGGACCGGGGCGUUUGCAUCCUCUUCGGCGACGGCGCCGGCGCCGUCGUCGUCGAGGGCGCGGCGGAGGGCGCGGCCUCCGGCCUGCUCGGCUGGGCGAUGCACAGCGACGGCAAGGGACGCUGCGACCUCUCCUGCGAGGGCACGCGGAGCGCGCGGCCCCUCGCGGAGACGGGCAUCGUCGUCGCCGAGGAGAGCGCCUACGGGCCCAUCGCCAUGAACGGGAACAAGGUCUACGUGUUCGCGACGAAGCGCGUCCCCGAGGUCAUCCUCGAGGCCUUGGACCACGCGGGCCUCGGCGUCGACGACGUCGACUGGCUCCUGCUCCACCAGGCGAACGUGCGCAUCAUGGAGGCCGCCGCCAAGCGCCUGGGCAUCCCCAUGGACAAGGUCCUCGUGAGCCUCGACGAGUGCGGCAACACGUCCGCGGGCUCCAUCCCCAUCGCGCUCGACGACGCCAUCGGCCAGGGCAAGGUCCAGCAGGGCGACGUCGUCGCCUGCGCGGGCUUCGGCGCGGGCCUCUCCUGGGGCGCCGCCAUCUUCAAGUGGGCCGGGCCCCAGGCCCACUAG